AGUUCUGCAUAUUACACACACUCUACACACCUUGACAACUGCAUUCACCUGUGGACAGGACAAAAAGAAAAAUCUGCCAAAAUGUGCUGCGCAGGCUUUCUGAAAAUAAUGAUGUUCAUCUUCAAUGGCUUGAUCUUCCUGGCAGGUGGAGUGAUUCUAGGUGUGGGUAUCUGGGUGACUGUAGACAAAAGCUCACUGCUGGGAAUAUUAGAAGGGAUCAAAGAUGCGCCACCUGAGUUAGCGCAGCUGGCCAACGUGGGCUACCUGCUGAUCGCCGUGGGAGCUGUACUGGCCAUCAUGGGCUUCCUGGGCUGCUGUGGAGCCAUAACAGAGAGCAGGUGCAUGCUCCUCACUUUCUUCAUCAUUGUGCUCAUCAUCUUCAUCGCAGAGGUGGCCGGCGCCAUCGUCGUCCUUGUGUUCAAGCCCCAGGUAAAUGAAGCGUUGCAGAAGCUGAAUGAAGAAGUUGUUAAUCUUAUCAAAAAGGACUAUGGAAGUGAUGACGCCUUUACAACGGUGAUGAAUGAAACUAUGCAUCAGCUGGAAUGCUGUGGAUACAACAACUACACUGACUUCACUGGAUCCCCUUUUCAAAAGAACACCUUGCGAUAUCCUGAGAGCUGUUGCCCUUUAACUGGAUCGUGUAUUGAGAGCGAAGCAGAAUCACAGAAAACGAGAGGCUGUUUCACUGCUCUUGUGAAACUGCUGGAGGACAAUGCUGCUGUGCUGGGGGGAGUGGCUAUUGGCAUCGCUGCAUUGGAGAUUGCUGCAAUGGUUGUCUCUAUGGUCCUGUACAAUAACGUGGGAAAAUAACGUCAAAGGCUGCGGCUGCACCAAAACCUAUGCACUUCAUCACUGUACUACACUGAAAAAACAAUGCACUGAAUUUACUUGAUUCAAAAGUGCACAUCACUUCCAUAUGAAUGUAGUAUACUACAUCACCACAAUUGCUGGCAAGUGUAAAUAAAUGUAAAGACUGUGUUGAUACAUAGAAAUAUGUGGAUGUACCCGUUUGAAGCAAAUAAGCUCAAUGCAUGACUUCUUCAGUUCACUGAUACCACCACCUGCUGGAGGUGCUUCAGCCAAACAUUCUAAUGUGGCUGAUAAUGAAUGCGAGCAUAUGAGAGCUCUCAUUUCUGUAACAUCAUGUAGAACUUACUAGCUGUUACUUGUUCAUUAGCAACAUUAGCACUGUUUGAUGAAGUACCUUAUUCAAAAUAACAUUAUGACACACACUGUUUUGACUCCAGUCUGGUCUUCAUUCCAAACGUCUGCCUUUUGGAUUCAACCAAUGAUGAAGCAAAGUGCCUUGACCAGUUCUAUUACUGGAAAUGAUAGGCUAUGUAGCUGCAGUACAUCAUUACAGUCCUGAGCAAACCUUUCAGUGUCUUACACGGAGAGAGUCUUGAAGAUAAAAUAAAUCACCCAUUUAUUGCAUUUUCAUGUUGAUUAGGUCAACACUCAUCUUUUUGUAAAUGAAGAGAAUGAAGAAUAUAAGUUUAGGCACUUCUGCCUGAGGUCUUUCUAUAUUUUAAAGACCCCAAGGCAACAUUAAGUGGAGUCGAUUACUGCAUGACAGACUCGCAGUGUGCUUUACUUUAAUGUAAAACUUUCUUGAUUAGACUUUUUCAUGUAAUAGAAUGUACUGCACAUAUUUUCCAUUGUUUAUGCCAUUAUUGAUAUUGAACUGUAAGGAAAUGUUUGUGUUGUGUGAAAUUAAAUUAAAGAUUUAUUAAGGUG